GAAACGGCGCCGGUGACUGGACACGGAGGUGCCGGCCGUGUCCGCCGUAGCGCUGCAGUCUGCCGUGUUUGUGGCCGGCGACACGGAACCGCACGGUGUCGUAGAUAGCGCGAGUGCGCGUGGAAGUGGAGUGGUCGCGACUGUCUUGUGCACUACACGCAGCGCGGCGUGCUGGCGAAAUGAAGAUAUCAGAACUGGCCGUCGCUGCGGUCGUGGCGCUGUGCUGCGUCCAGACGUGUGCGGGAGCCAACAUCCUGGCCGUGUUCCCGCACGACGGCAAGAGCCACUGGAUAGUCUUCCGCGAGCUGCUAGCCGAGCUCUCCAAGAAGGGUCACCGCGUCACCGUGCUGACGCGCUUCGUGGAAGAGGGACACCAGAGCUGGGAUGUCAUACCCCUCAAGGCUCGCAUGGGAAGCGACGACGCUUCGACUACCCGCGGCCGCUUGUUCCGAACGCUGUAGAAGUGGCGGGGAUGCACAUCAAACCGCCCAAGAAGCUUCCGCAGGAUCUGCAAACAUUCAUGGAUGGUGCGACAAAUGGUGUGGUAUUCUUCAGCAUGGGCAGUGGCAUCAAAAGUGCCAACCUUCCAAAAGGCAUGCAGAGUGCCUUUCUCAGUGUAUUCUCCAAGCUGAAGCAGAAGGUGCUCUGGAAGUAUGAGAAGGACUCACUGCCAAACCAGCCAGCUAAUGUGAGGAUUGGAAAAUGGUUUCCACAAAGCGACAUACUUGAUGGUGAUGGUGGUGGUGGUGGUGGUGGUGGUGGUGGUGGUGGUGAUGAUGAUGAUGGAAACAUACACAUGUCUCACAAAAAUUUAAAGCUCUUCAUCACCCAUGGGGGAGUGAUGAGUAUGCAGGAGGCACUGUAUUCCGGAGUUCCACUUCUCGGGUUCCCUAUAUUUGGUGACCAGGAGUCCAACCUCCUGAGGGCACAAAGUGCUGGCUACGCAAUUAUGCUGGCACUGAAUAACAUCACUGAGGAGUCCAUUGGUUGGGCUGUAAAUGAGCUGCUCACAAAUCCUAGCUAUAUGCAGAAUGCGAGGAAGUAUUCGCAGCUGUUCCACGACCGGCCAGAGAAGCCCCUGGACAGGGCCGUGUACUGGGUGGAGUACGUCCUACGUCACAGGGGGGCCUACCACCUGAGGUCAGCGGCACUGGACCUCGCCUGGUACCAGUACCUGCUGCUGGAUGUCAUCGCCUUUGUCCUGCUGUGCGCCUUAAGUGUUUUGGUAAUAGUAGUUGUAGCAGUAAAAUUAUUAAUAAGGACCUUCUUCCGGAAAAGUGACAAAGUAACAAAGAAAAAGAAAAACACUAAAAAUGAAUGA